AUCAUUAGCGAUUCAUAAGUAAAGCUGUGGGUUUAAAGUUCCUAAUCAGCUAUAAGUUACACACAACCUAUAUACACACAGCAAAUAUACAUAAACUGAUCUGGAUUAGCAUAAAUACAUGCUAUUUAAAUACGUGCUAUUUAACGUCUGAGAAUAUAAGAUCUAAUCAUUGAGUAGAUCCGGAAUAAUUAUGAACUGUUUACCGUGUAAAAGGAAUAAUAACAUUAAUAUAGCUGACAAAUACUGUGUUGAAUGUCAGGAAUAUUUUUGUAAAACAUGUGUACGAAUGCACGAGAAUUUCUCUAUACUUGCUCAACAUACACUGCUCGAGAUCACCGACGGAACUGAAACUGGAAGAGAAGAAUCGCAGAAGCUAACAGGUUCAACAGUGCUUCAAGUGCCGACGGAAAGAUGUUUAAAACAUCCAGCAAAAAGUAUAGACAUGUACUGCAGAACACACGAUAUCGUCGGCUGUUCAGUUUGUUUUACCCCUCAUUACAAGGGCUGUGACGAUAUUCAUUACGUACCAGAUAUUGCUCAGGAAUUGUUUAGUACAGAUGCUCUUCAGAAAUCUGUAUCUGAACUUACUGCCAGUAAAGAAAAAUUGGAACAGUUGAUGGAAGCAUGCCUCACUGCCACGAAUCAAUUGGCGAAAAUGAAGACUGCGUGUUUGGACAAGCUAAAGGCUUUCCGAAAUGAGAUAAAUGAAAUAGUUGAUGAAUUAGAAAGUAAGACGACAAAGGAAAUUGAACAAAAGUAUAACCACUUAGACAGGAAGCUUUGUAAUGAUAAACGGUCUAUAGAUGCGGUAGUACAUAAGAUGGAAAAGCAACUUGCACGGCUGAAAGUUACUGACAGUAAUAAAUCCACUUUAUUUGUUUCUGAAAAACUUUGCAAAAAUUUAGCGUCAGCCGCCGAUGAUUUACACAGAUGUGUGGGUAAACCUUCAAAGAAAACAAAAUUAUUUUUCAAAGGUGAUUCUUCCAUCCAGACGUACCUCAACCGUCUUUCGUCGCUUGGGUAUGUUCGUGAUCAGAAAAUCGCUUUCAGCUCUAUUAAAGAAAAGACAACUCAUGACAUCAAAGUAGACGAUGAUGCAGAUACUUGUAACAUUUGGGGCACCUGCAUAACCGGAGACGACAACAUACUCAUAGCUGAUAACACUAACAACAAAUUGAAAUUAUUAGACAAACAAACAUACGAAGUGAAGAGCUUUUGUAGUCUUUCAGCGUCACCAAGGUCAUUGUGCAGGGUAAGUGAGUGGGAAGCCGCUGUUAGCUUGAGUAAUAGAGUGAUUCAGUUUGUCGAAACCAAAGACACACUUACAUUAACUAGAACUCUACAAAUGGAGCACAACUGUUUUGGACUUGCACUAACCAAAGGCAACAUCUAUAUAUCUGAUGGCAGUCAGAAUGUGUAUGUGUACGACAUGGACGGUAAAUUACAAAGAACUAUCUUUCAAGAUAACAACGGAGAAACCAUAUUCUCAGAGAGCCGUGACAUUACCGUCAGUGAUGAUAGUGCUAAAAUUCAUGUAGCGGAUAGCAGAAAAGGUCUGAUUACUCUAAGUAUUGAAGGAAACGUGUUAUGGCAAUAUACUGGGUCAGAACUGAAAGGUGCAUAUGGCGUGUGCACAGAUGGUGAUGGCAAUCUUCUGAUUACUGGAAUUUUGUCACAUAAUGUAAUGCUUAUGAGUCAAACUGGGGAGAAAAUUGGUCCGAUAAUCAAUGCAUCUGACGGUAUACAAAGCCCAGUUUCUGUAUGCUUCGACCAACGUAAAUCAAGGGUUCUGGUCACUAAAAAUGGCAACCAUUUGAUCGCUUUUGAAUUUGAUUAAAACUGUAGCAGGAAAAAUAAAAAGAAAACUGAUUAUUUGUAUAUUUUUCUGUUCCGUUCAAAAGUGACCAAUGACACAAUCACCUCGUUGUUAUGUAUGACGUUGUAUUGUAACAUGGCCAUAUUUGUUUUCCUGUAGUGCUGGACGUUCGGAUAAAAAAAAUUCUACAAUGUAGAAUUGAUUAAUAAAAUCUGUAAAAAAAAAAAACCUUUGGAAGCAAAGAAUGCAACCAAGAAGAAUAAUAGCAGACUCGGUUUGAUUGAUUUUUCAAAACUUCAAAAUAUACUUAGAAAAUUCGGCAAAAAAAGAUAGGGUCGAUUUUUGCAUACUUUGUAAUUAAGGGUAAAUAUCUCAAAACAAAGCACACGGACCUAUAGAUCUACAUUUUAUUUCACUAUAUAAUAGGCCAUAUGUUUAUUUAUGACUGUGAGAACUUUCAUUAAAAACUACAUUGUAGAACAAUUUCUGUUCGAGAAAAUGUAAUGAAAAUUGUGAUUUUCCCAUAGACUCUUGUUAUGUUGAGGUCCAAAUUUUUCAGAUCAGUCUAGCAAAAAAUGAAGCACAUGACUCUAUCAUUUUUUACUCGCUGAUUUUUUCUAAAUAUAUUCUGAAGUUUUGAAAAAUCAGGGUUUAAUCUAAUUUUACGUUGUAGAUAAAAUUUUGCUUCGGACGUGCAGAACUACCUUAAACAAAGAAGACUGAGACUCUGUCGUUAAAUAUUAUGCAACAAAAUCACUGUUUGUAAAUCACAAUUAUUACGUCAUUGGGUCAAAAGCACAGAAACAAGCAAAUAUUUGGUGGAUGCCGUCAAGGAUGUAAAUAAUAAUCUUUGAUAUCGUGUUAGAAUCGAAAUGAUAUACUUCAAACCAUGCUUAUAAAUAAAAUCAUUUGUCUUUCA